CUAUAAUCUAAUCAUUUCUCACAUCUGAACUUCAAAGGCUUUUCACACCAGCACACACAUCAAAUCUCCGGAUUUACUUCCUUAUACGUCUCAUUAUUCUUCAUCACCACACCAUUAUAUAUACACAAGAGCCAAAUGAAAACUCAACCAAUCUCCCAAAGUACAUUUCAAAGAACUCUUAAAUGGCAAACCAAAUAUGGUUACUACAUGUAAUGAUGAUCAUCACUGCUUUGUUUCUCUACUCAGCACCUAACGUCCAUGGCUGGGGAAUUGAAGGUCACACCAUCGUCUGUAAAAUCGCUCAGGCUAGGUUGGAUGACGCUGCAGCCAAGGCAGUGAAAGAGCUGUUACCUGAAUCUGCACAAGGAGAUCUGUCAAGCUUGUGUGUUUGGGCUGACCAUGUCAAGUUCAGAUAUCAUUGGUCUUCUCCUCUCCACUACAUCAACACUCCUGAUGUUUGUUCCUACCAAUACAACAGGGACUGCAAGGACGAAGAUGGAGUGAAAGGAAGAUGCGUUGCAGGAGCCAUCUACAAUUACACCACACAGCUUCUUACCUACAACACUGCAGCUGCAUCUAAGCCACAAUACAACUUAACAGAGGCCCUGCUCUUCCUGUCUCAUUUCAUGGGUGACAUCCAUCAGCCUCUACACGUGGGUUUUGCUUCGGACAAAGGAGGUAACACCAUCGAAGUGCAUUGGUACACGAGAAAAGCUAACCUUCACCAUAUUUGGGAUUCCAGCAUUAUUGAGACCGCUGAAGCAGAUCUCUAUAACUCCGAGCUAGAUGGAAUGGUGGAUGCAAUCAACAAGAAUAUCACGACAGAAUGGGCAGAUCAAGUCAAUAGGUGGGAGAUUUGCACAAGGAAGACAGCAUGCCCAGACAUCUAUGCAUCCGAAGGGAUUAAAGCAGCUUGUGACUGGGCAUACAAAGGGGUAACUGAAGGAGAUACUCUAGAAGAUGAAUACUUCUAUUCACGGCUACCGGUAGUGUAUCAGCGCUUAGCACAGGGAGGGGUGAGACUAGCAGCUACACUAAACAGGAUUUUUGGUGGAAGAAGCUGAGUUUAUUAGCAUGUGAUUGUUACUAAGUACCGUUUCCUGUCUGAUUAUAAAUCUACCUAUUGGAACAACAAAAGAAGAGCACAGCAAAGCUCGC